AUGGCACAAAGGCAUUAUGUCCUCAAUGGAUACAAUGAUCCUAGUCUCAAGAAUAUCUAUGUAUCCUCUCUACCGCAAGAACUCCAGCCAAAAAUUCAUAUAAUGCUAGCCACAGCUCAAAAGGAUAUUAAAACCAUGAGUUUUGGCCAGAUUCACCAGGUGACGUUAGAAGCACUAGAAAAGCUUUGUAGUUUUCAUCAUCAAUAUUCAGAAGCUAUAGAAUAA